AAAAUUCCCACGUACUCUCCUGUAAACAGUAAAACAUAACUUCAUUCCACUGCAGCCAGAGUGGGAGACCAAGUCAGCACUGAGCAGCAUGGCGGAGAUUCGGGCUCAGCUCGUCAAUUCUGACCAGACAACUUAAAGUAACUGAGCAGGGCUACAGGAGCCUCGCAUACCAACUGUAGAUUGCUUUAGUUGUUUUAUAGAGAUUCAUAUCGAUAUCAGAAAGAACAGCAACAACAACAACACACACACACCCCGAGCUGCCGGCUAUACCUUCUUCUUUUGGAAAGCGGAGAUGCGUUGCUACGCUGCCUUCAGCUGCCUGCUUGUGAGUGUGAUUCUACAAAAAGUUACACCCACGAGCCACAGCCAGCCCUGGCAAUGCGAGCGCCCGAAGUCGCCAAGUCACAUGAACUCGUUUCUGUGGACGAUCAAGAGAGACCCCCCGUCGUACCUGUUCGGGACGAUCCAUGUCCCCUACACCCGCGUUUGGGACUUCAUCCCUGAGAAUUCCAAGAAGGCCUUCCAGCUGAGCAGCAACGUGUUCUUCGAGCUGGAUCUCACUGACCCCUACACCAUCACGGCUCUCACCAGCUGCCAGCUGCUUCCCCGGGGAGAGAGCCUGCAGAAGCUGCUGCCCCGGGAGCUAUAUCGUCGGCUCAAGAGCCACCUGGACUACGUCAAGCACAUGAUGCCUCACUGGAUGACCCCCGACCAGCGGGGCAAGGGGCUGUACGCCGAUUACCUCUUCAAUGCCAUCGCCGGCAACUGGGAGCGCAAGCGGCCUGUCUGGGUCAUGCUGAUGGUCAACUCCUUGACCGAGGCAGACAUCCGCUCCAGGGGGGUCCCCGUGCUGGACCUGUACCUGGCUCAGGAGGCGGAGAGGCUGGGGAAGAGGACCGGGGCCGUGGAGAGGGUGGAGGAGCAGUGCCACCCGCUCAACGGGCUCAACUUCUCACAGGUGCUGUUUGCUCUGAACCAGACACUGUUGCAGCACGAGAGCCUUCGGGCAGGCAGUCUGCAGGUCCCUUACACCACAGAGGACCUCAUCAAACAUUACAACUGCGGGGACCUGAGGGCCAUCAUCUUCAACCACGACACCUCGCAGCUCCCUCACUUCAUCAACAGCUCCCUCCCUGACCACGAGCGCAUCACAGCCCAGCAGAUCGACAGCUACUUCCGACAGGAGCUGAUCUACAAGAGGAACGAGCGCAUGGGCCGUCGCAUCACUGAGCUGCUGGAGGGCAACCCCGGGCAGGCCUUCUUCUUCGCCUUCGGGGCAGGUCACUUCCUGGGAAACUACACCGUGCUGGACAUCCUGAGGCAGGAGGGCUAUGAGGUGGAGCACACGCCCUCUGGACAGCCAAUCACAGAGAAGCCCGACCCGUCUGCAGGCAGCCCCUCAGAGACAGAGCUGCCCCCACUAAGGCACCCCUUGGGGACGGGCUUCCCUGAUGCAGCCCUCUCUGAAGAGGAGCCCCUGACACCCCAUCUGCUGCUCCCAGACAGCCUGAGCCAGCUGGAGGAGUUCGGGAGGCAGAAGAAGCGCCCCAGAAAACAGCAGCGGCAGCAGGGCAGGCAGCGGCAGUUCAAUGACCUGUGGGUGCGCAUGGAGGACAGCACAAUACAGCUACCAAACAUCCGAACCACCAAGGGAUCCGUCACAGUGGAGCCCCCUAUAACAUCGCAGGAGCAGCAAAGACAAAUGGAAGCCCAAAAUCGGCACCCCCUCAGAUGGGAGGGGUCCCCACCUCCCCCUCAUCCCCUGCCCCCACUGUGAUCCCCCCCCAGGCUGCUGUGGUCUGCCUGCUCGCUGUGCUCCUGCCCCGGCUGCUGCAGCCUUCCUGACCAGCAAAGAGAACCUCAACCUCGCAACGGAGAGCAACUCAAAAAGACUCAGAAACUGCACUUGGCUACUCUGUCAAGCAGGGACUUUUUUGUAAAAAUGUAUUCAUACAAGAUAAUGUAUAUUUAUUCACCCUUAAAAAGAAAAGUUUAUUUUGUUGUGUUUGUGUUUUGAUAAAAGAAAAGAAAGCAGACCUUGUACCGACACUAAAGUUAGUAAUUUCUAAUGAAGCAGCAGAGUGCUCUACAGGCUGGAGGUUCUGCUUCAUAGCCUGGCUCAAAAGAUACAUUAUUAGCAAUUAGUGUUUCAAUCAGUGGUUCUGUGCAAAUGAUUAAAAAGAAACAACAUCUAUUUGGUAUUCAUCUGGUUGUUCUUCGUCUCUCACUCUGUGAUUCCAUUAGAGAACAUCGAUUCCGAUGGUGCAAAUGGCCUCCUGCAAUACCAUAGCAUCUCAAUUUCAUUUAUACAGCGUCCUUCGUGUGCACGCACCCCAGAGAAAUAAACAGCAAGCCAAAAGAGCUGCAAACUGAAGGGCCUCGCACACUCAAAGCCCUCGCACACUCAAAGCCCUCGUACACUUAAAGUCCUCACACACUCAAAGCCCUCGCACACUCAAAGCCCUCGCACUGAAGCCCUUGCACACUCAAAGCCCUUGCACGCUCAAAGCCCUCUCAAACUGAAGCCAUCGCACACUCAAUGCCCUCGCACACUCAAAGCCCUCGCACACUCAAAGCCCUCACACACUGAAGCCCUUGCACACUCAAAGCCCUCACAUACUGAAAGCCCUCGCACACUCAAAGCCCUCGCACACUCAAAGCCCUUGCAUAUUGAAGCCCUUGCACACUCAAAGCCCUUGCAUAUUGAAGCCCUUGCACACUCAAAGCCCUUGCACACUGAAGCCAUCAUAUUGAAAGCCCUCACACAAUAAAAGCCCUCACACACUGAAGCCCUCACACACUCAAAGCCCUCGCACUCUGAAAGCCCUCACACACUCAAAGCCCUCGCACCACUGGUUUAUAAUCGAGUUCUUGGAAUUUUCCAAUAGGCCAUCUUUUGCCGAUCUCAAAGUAGGAGCUGGAACGAUGAACAGCCUGGUAUGAGAGGAGUAGUUUUGUGAAAUGCAAUGUGCUGCUUCACAAGAGCCAGUCUAGUGACCUUAAAACUGGGUAAAUACGACCGACAAACUCAGUGUGUGGAAGUAUUCAUGCUGUGACGUGCCAUGUGGCUGGAAGUACACUCACCUCCCCACCAGAUGGCAGCGUUUCCCAUCGCAAAUACCAGCCCAGCAGCCCAGGAAGUAGAAAUGCAAGGGCCUAUUCCAAAAUAUCCCAGAUGAAAAUACAAAUGAUUUUUGAAGACAAGAACGUGGAAAUCUGGAGGACAAAGUAACAUCAGUACUGUGACAUCAUUAACAGAAAAUAAUGACAUAAGAAAUAGCUUAAUCUCCGAUUCAUUAAGGUAUCACAAACAAAAGCAACAAAUCCAUGAAUUUCAAUGUAUUACCUUUGAAUAGAUGUGCAGCGGUUGAACAUACGAUUAUUAGAACAGCUCACUGUGCCUUCUAGUGGUGCAGAGAAGGACUGCAUACUUUUUACAUGUGACAGAGCAGGGAGUAUUAAUUAAAGGUGUAUACCCCGAAUGUUUGAAAAUAUUUGGACACUCUUUAAGUGAAAUGGGCAUCCUGUUUAAUAUUAUUUGAUUAAAAAUGCAGUUGUUUUAAAGCAA